CAGUGCUUCACACUUCGGCUGCUUUAAGGCGUGUGUGUCGCUAACAGCUGAUGUUUAUUUUUGCCUUGUUCUUAUUUGGUUGCUUCGGAAAUGCACUCGCUAUCGCAUGAAAAACUGCGUCCAGAGUUCUUCUAAGUGCAUAUGUCUUCAUAGUUUGAGAUAUGUUAUACUUAAGCACAAGGCUCAGUGGUGCUUGCGAGAUGAAGAUCAGCGUUAUGAGCAGCACUGGUGUUGAGUGGACUGUUGAGAUAUUGCCGGAGUACACGGUGGAAAAACUGAAGCAAAUGUCUCUCAGUCAUUUCUGCAACCCGUUGGACUGCAUAAAGCUUUCCGAUUACUACAAGCUAGUAUCCGUUUCCCAGGCGAGGCCGCUGUGUGAUCAAAGUUCUGUCAGGGAGGAAAAGAUCCGCGAUGGAGAUGAACUGCUGCUCCUGAAACGUAGUUCCACGUUUUCUGUAAAUGCGAACAAGUCAUGUGAGGGUCAGAAGCAGACAGUUCCGGACAAAGCUGCCAUCGAUUUAGCGACGGCGAAUCUUGAACGCAAGAACUUCGAUAAACCUGCCAUGGAUGUACAUCUAGUUCCUGAUUUUCACACUGAGCUGAGAAGAAUAUUGGUUUCUCUUGUGGAGCUGUCCGAGAAGCUGCUUCGUCACCAUCCAGACAUUGAAAACAUCUUCAAGAAUUUACAGAGCAAGCUUAUGGAGAAGAGUGAACCUGAAAUCGAUGAAGCAGCAUUGAAAAAGCUGUUGGAAAUGGGAUUUGAGGAGCAACAAGCAAUCCAAGCACUGAGAGAAAACAAGAUGUGUCCAAUGACAGCAAUGGAUUGGCUGCUAGCCAAGGGCUGCAGGCAGGAAAAAGAUGCUUGCUCUGAAACUUCCGCAGAAGAUAUUUCUGCUGGUGCCACUGCUCAAGCUAGUGCAGAUAAGCACAUGAAUGCAGAAGUAUCAAAUUGUAGUACAGAAGCCGAGCAAAAAGGAAUUGUGGGUGCAAUGCUCGAGUGCUUUCAAGAGUACAAACGGAAAGACUUCAAGCCCAAUAAAAAGGCCAUGAGCAAUCUUAAAGAGAUGGGUUUUUCCGAAACUGCAAUCCUGGAUGCCCUUCGGAUCCAUAGUAACAGCCAAGAAGCUGCGUGUGAGUGGCUACUAGGUGACCGCCGACCUAAGCCUGUGGAUUUACAAGUGGGCCUUGACACUAGCAGUGCUAUAUACAGGUCCAUCGUCAGUAACCCCGUGGUGCAGCUGGGCCUCUGUUCGCCAAAGACACUUCUCGCCCUGCUCCAAAUGUUGGAAAAUCCUGGCUGUGCCUCUCGCUGGCUGAAUGACUCAGACACUGCACCGAUUCUAAGCCAGAUAUUCCGUAUCUACCACGCUGAGAAACACUCUGUGCAACUUGUGAGGCCCUUAGUGAUGUGAGCAUGGCUAUUGUAUGUAAUGAGGAUUUAAUUCACAUUUAAGGAGGGAUAUUUAGGGAAAUGAACUAAAGCAGCAUGUAACUGUCUGGCAUUUAAGUUAAGUUUGGUGUUUUUAUGAUAACGUACCACGUGUUGAGUCUCGCACGCAUCUCUGGAAUGGGCAAAAAGAAGGCACGGCUCACAUACAUAAAAAACUAACAUCAGCAAAAAGGUUGAAAAAAUAUUCGUUACUUAAAGGAGUACUGACAUGAAUUUUAAAAAUUUUCGGAUCGAUGCUCUAAAUAAAAAUACUGGUGUCGAGAAACCUAAAACGAGUAUUGUGGUGUCUGGGAAUGCAUCUUAUAUAUUUUAUUUAUCACUACCUUAAAAGACCCUUUCGGUUUCGAUAUCGAGGGGGCGGCUUCUCGGUGACGUUUCAUAGCAGUGUGACGUCACAGGAAUACAGAAACUUGCGACGUACUAGCGGCAAAUCCGUCAUCUGCCCGUGGUGCACAUAAACAACGAUAAGUGAAUUGUUGUCCAGUGACCCUGACAGUGAUUUCUACGAUAUAGGCUGCAUGCAGGAUGCAGAACUUGCAAACUCGGGGGAACUGUCUUGACUCGUCAGGAUAAUGUCCAUUGCACUGUGGCUGGCUUGCAGAUGCUCAGCGACGAAAACUUCAAAGUCAAAUUAAAAUAUUUUAUACGUGUUCUCCGACUCCGGUCUGUGGACAUCGUUGACACUGCAUACCAAGGAAACCAAAAAUGUCCCUUUUGUGAUGACUCAAAAUCGUGUCAGUACUCGUUUAAACUGUUGUUAGUUAUUACCUUCACUACAGAUUGAAACAUACAUUACUUUAUUCGGGGUCAUUUUAUAAAAAUUUUGAUCACUGACAUUCAAUAAUUGUUGGGGUUUUAUGUCCCAAAGACAUAAUAUGAUUAUGAGAGAUUCCAUAGUGGAGGGCUUCGGAAAUUUUGACCACCUAGGGUAAUUUAACGUGCGCCUAAACCUAAGCGCACGGGCCUCCAUUGAUGUGUGGCCGCCACGACUGCGAUUCUAUACCGCGACCUGUGAGAUCACUGGCAGUUGCCUUGGCUUCUCUGUGUCCUUUGUCUGAUGCACUAUUUAAUUGUGCCUUUUGGCACUCUCAUCUUAUUUUCGUGAUUGCUAAGAUGUUUGAUUGUUUGCUUCAACUUAGGCUACAGUUGCUUCUGUGAUGAUAUUUUCUGCCUGUUAUGUAUAGAAAAUGUAUUUUUCGUGCUUUAUAAUAAAUAGUUUGAUGUGUUCAAAAUCAAGAGUUAACAAAGCUUCAAUGUGUAAAUUUACAAGCGUGUAAAUGGGGAGUUUUACCAGAAAGUAUAUGCAUAGGUGUACUUUGUUGCUCAGUAAGCCCUCGUUAACUUUGAACUCUGACAUCUCGAAAUGUCGGUAAAAUUGAAAUUUUUUUCCUAGCUCCUACGUAUGUUUUUCAUUUCUUAUCUCUUAAAUGUUUUAUGCCACACUUCAGUUAUCUCAAAGUCUCAGCUGUAAAGAAACCAAAAAAAGCACUACUGAAAUGUUUCCAUACUUGAUGCACAGCUGUAUCACCAGAAAGCAAAUAUACAGAAUUCUGCCAAUGAAGCUUCAGAUUAAAGAGGACCAGAUUAAGGAAAACACAUUUUUAAGUAGUAAUGGUAUGACCUCAGUAGUAAAGUUCGCUCGCUCACGAAUUGAUUGCCACAAAACUUUUUCUAAUCCAUCAAGUACGAACAGGGUUACAGUAAUUUGUUGCACGCUUUAAGCUCUUUUUCUCUUUCGUCCCGACGAGUAUGCUGGAAACUACGCAGGGAAGGAUGACACGGGGGAGAGAAGGUUUGUCAGCGUGAUUCAUGAAAUAAGUUCACUUACUUGUGGUGCGAUUCCAGUGCACACACAUGGGUGUGGGGGGUGAUUUGAUCCCCCCUCCCCCCGUGUGUGCCAAGCAAAGUGCUAAGCUUGCUAGCUGAGUCAGAUGCCAUGCUCCUGCUUAUUAUUCCUGGAAGAAAGUAAGACAUGCAAACACAGACACAAGAGCAAUGGCAUUUGUGUUGUCCAGUUGGCGGACUCUCUUCAGUGCACCCAAACUGUAAGCCAACAUUCUGCUAUAUAUGCUGGGCAGCAGAAUGUUAACUAGCAGAACAACAAACACAGGCGCUGUCAGUGCCCGUGUUUGUUGUUCUUUACUAGUCUUCGUUUUUUCUUGCACUGUUUUUUUAUGUUCAAGAUGGAUCUGCACCAACUUGCCCAACUAUUGGUUCUGAUGCUUCGUUGAAUUCUUUACUGUCAAUAAAGCAAUUGCUCCUGACUGAGAAAUGGAUUAUUGUCAAGCACCUCAUGAAAUACAUAGUGAAUUUUAGCCAUGAGAACCUCAUACAUGCAGGAUAUGUUACCUCUUUCCCAAACGAUGAAGGAAAAUAGCCACAUUAUGUGAGUUACAUUACUUUUUUUUUCUGAAAAAGUUAUUGAAAUCAAAAUUUUAUUCACUGCAGGAAAGAAAGCACAAUGCUAUUUAGGCAUACAAGUUCCAUGUUUUGUGUGAGUUCUAUGUGAUAAAAUAGCUGUAAUUAACAAAAACAAGAUUGUAGAAUAAAAUUGAACAAAACUUUUAAAACAUGCUUGUGCCUAAGAAGAAAAAAAUGGCAGAAGAAUUGGGGUCUAUACAAUCACUUUGUCAUCCUAUCAUUACUGCUUUCCUAUAAAUAAAUGAAAAUUUUGUUUUAUGCAGUAGUCCUGCUACAGAAAGUUAGCUGGAACCCGUGUAGUUGUGCAUGCCACAUGGCAGAGCUACUUUUUGAUGUAAAACAUAGAAAUACAUUGCAAGUCUCAUACUAAAAUGUUAUUUGUUGAUCAGUUUUGCUGACAUUGCUUAUCCAAAAAUUCUGAUAUGUAACCAUUUUAGCUUUUUGGUACUGAAUGGUUUUAGAUGGUGCAGGAGCCCAAAUUUGCAGUGCAUCUGCUGUCGUUGCUUUUUUUAAUUCUUGCAAAAAAGCAGCAUCUUCUAGAUCUUUGCUGGAAAAAUAAACUGCACACUUGGCAGAA